AUGGCUGUCAUAAAAAAGGGAGCACGCAGAAAGGACGUUAAGGAGCCCAAGAAGAGAUCUGCAAAAAUCAAAAAGGCUACAUUUGAUGCAAAUAAAAAGAAAGAAGUAGGUAUUUCUGAUUUGACACUUUUGUCAAAAAUAUCUGAUGAAUCUAUCAAUGAAAAUUUGAAAAAAAGAUUUAAGAAUGGAAUUAUUUAUACCUAUAUUGGCCAUGUGUUAAUUAGUGUAAAUCCGUUCCGCGAUUUGGGAAUAUAUACAAAUGCCGUUUUAGAGUCAUAUAAAGGAAAAAAUAGACUUGAAGUUCCACCACACGUGUUUGCUAUUGCGGAAUCUAUGUACUACAAUCUCAAAUCAUACAAUGAAAAUCAGUGUGUUAUUAUUUCUGGUGAGUCUGGUGCCGGUAAGACAGAAGCAGCCAAACGUAUUAUGCAAUAUAUUGCAGCUGCAUCUAAUAGCCAUUCAGAAUCGAUUGGGAAGAUCAAAGAUAUGGUUCUUGCUACUAAUCCACUUCUCGAGUCAUUCGGUUGUGCUAAAACUCUGCGGAACAACAAUUCUUCAAGGCACGGGAAGUAUCUAGAAAUUAAAUUCAACUCACAAUUUGAACCUUGCGCAGGUAAUAUCACAAAUUAUUUGCUAGAGAAACAAAGAGUUGUUGGUCAAAUUAAGAACGAAAGAAACUUUCAUAUUUUUUACCAAUUCACUAAGGGAGCAUCUGAUACAUAUAAACAGAUGUUCGGUGUGCAAAUGCCUGAGCAAUAUAUUUACACUGCUGCGGCUGGCUGUACUACUGCAGAUACAAUUGAUGACGUAAAAGAUUACGAAGGCACGUUAGAGGCUAUGAGAACCAUUGGUUUAGUCCAGGAAGAACAAGACCAAAUUUUUAGGAUGCUGGCGGCAAUUCUGUGGAUUGGUAACAUUUCCUUUAUAGAAAAUGAAGAGGGCAAUGCUCAGGUAGGAGAUACCUCAGUGACUGAUUUUGUCGCUUAUUUGUUGCAGGUUGAUGCUUCGUUACUGGUAAAAUGUUUAGUGGAAAGAAUCAUGCAAACCAGUCAUGGAAUGAAGAGAGGCUCAGUUUAUCAUGUACCUUUGAACCCAGUCCAAGCAACUGCGGUGAGAGACGCCCUUGCUAAGGCAAUUUAUAAUAAUUUAUUCGACUGGAUUGUCGAUAGGGUUAACGUAUCUUUGCAGGCAUUUCCUGGUGCUGAUAAAUCAAUUGGGAUUCUAGACAUUUACGGCUUCGAAAUUUUUGAACACAACUCUUUUGAGCAAAUAUGUAUCAAUUAUGUUAAUGAAAAGUUACAACAGAUUUUUAUCCAAUUGACUUUGAAGGCUGAGCAAGAAACUUAUGAAAGAGAAAAAAUCAAAUGGACCCCCAUCAAAUACUUUGACAAUAAAGUUGUCUGUGAUUUAAUCGAGGCGAAAAAUCCACCGGGCAUUCUUGCUGCAAUGAAUGACUCUAUUGCAACUGCUCAUGCAGACUCCAAUGCCGCUGACCAGGCGUUUGCUCAACGACUUAACUUAUUUAAUUCAAAUCCAUACUUCGAAUUAAGGGCCAACAAAUUUGUUAUUAAACAUUACGCUGGAGAUGUCACCUAUGACAUCAAUGGUAUCACCGAUAAAAAUAAAGACCAACUUCAAAAGGACCUAAUUGAAUUAAUUGGAACAACGACAAAUACAUUCCUUUCCACAAUUUUUCCUGAUGAUGUUGACAAAGAUUCAAAGAGACGGCCUCCAACAGCAGGUGACAAAAUUAUUAAAAGUGCAAAUGAACUGGUGGAAACUUUGUCAAAAGCUGAGCCUUCCUAUAUCAGAACAAUCAAGCCUAAUCAAACUAAAUCACCAAAUGAUUAUGAUGAUCACCAAGUGCUACAUCAAGUAAAAUAUUUGGGUUUGCAAGAAAAUGUUCGUAUCAGGAGAGCCGGUUUCGCUUACAGACAAACUUUCGAAAAAUUCGUCGAAAGAUUUUAUUUACUAUCUCCAGAUUGUUCAUAUGCUGGUGAUUACACUUGGGAUGGGGACACCCUUGAGGCAGUCAAGCUUAUUUUAAGAGAUGCCAUGAUACCAGAAAAAGAAUUUCAACUUGGAGUGACAAGCGUAUUCAUUAAAACUCCAGAAUCUCUAUUUGCUCUAGAAGACAUGCGUGAUAAAUACUGGUACAACAUGGCUGCUAGAAUCCAGAGAGCAUGGAGAAGGUUUCUUCAAAGGCGUAUUGAUGCUGCGAUAAAAAUUCAGCGUACUAUCAGAGAGAAAAAGGGUGGAAACAAGUACGUCAAGCUUCGUGAUUAUGGAACCAAACUUUUAGCGGGUAAAAAAGAGAGAAGAUCCAUGUCUUUACUUGGAUACAGGGCUUUUAUGGGUGAUUACUUAUCCUGCAAUGAGUCUAAAACGAAAGGAUCGUACAUCAGAAGACAGGUAGGAAUUAAGGAUAAAGUUGUUUUUUCGAUAAAGGGGGAAUGCCUGCACUCUAAAUUUGGCAGAUCAGCUCAAAGAUUGAAAAAAGUGUUUAUCUUAACAAAAAAGACAUUUUAUAUUAUUGGACAAACACGGGAACAGAAUGCUAUGAAAUAUACACAAGAUUAUAAAAUUGAUGUCGGUAAAAUUAAACAAGUGAGCUUAACAAACCUCCAAGACGAUUGGAUGGGCGUUAUCCUUGUUAAUAGUACACAAUCCGAUCCACUCAUUAACACGCCUUUCAAGACGGAAUUAAUGACACGUUUGAAAAAAUUAAAUGAAAAGAUAAUGAUAAAAGUUGGUCCCACGAUUGAGUAUCACAAACAACCAAACAAGUUGCACACUGUCCGCUCAAAGAUAAGCGAUUCAGCACCGAAAUACGGUGACAUCUACAAGUCAAGUACAAUAUACGUGCGUCGUGGACACCCUGCUAACUCCAAAUCGAAUAAAAAACCUAAGAAUCCAGGUGGGUUGAGCGGGAAACCUAUCAAAAGCAAAAAGAGUAAACACAAAUCUACUCAUAAGCAUACACAUAGCCAUAGAAGUCAUAGGGAUGCUGCAAAAAAGCAACCUCUCCCUUCGCAAAAACCUGUGAAUCCGUUAUCUUUGGCAGCUACCGCUGCACAGGCAGCAUACAAUCCUAAACCGGAUAAGACCGUACCAAUAAAGUCAUCUGCAAUCCCUGCUGCAAAAGUAAGCUCGAAACACAGCUCAAAACCCUCAUCGAAGGAAAAAGUCGCAGUAAAGAAAGCCUCCUCAAGCCACAAAUCCUCAUCCGCCAAGCAAAACCAGGUAUCGAUGCCACCUUCAAAAGGGGUUGAAAAAAAUAAAGAACCGUUAAAGGAGACAACUGCAACUGCAACUGCAAACAUACCAAUACCACCACCCCCUCCCCCCAUGGGCCAACCAAAGGAUCCGAAAUUCGAAGCUGCAUACGACUUUCCAGGUUCCGGAUCAUCUUCGGAGUUGCCAUUAAAAAAGGGCGAUAUUGUAUUUAUAAGCAGAGAUGAACCUAGUGGUUGGUCUUUAGCAAAGCUUCUCGAUGGAAGCAAAGAAGGUUGGGUUCCUACUGCUUAUAUGACUCCUUAUAAAGACACAAGAAAUACGGUGCCUGUUGCAGCGACAGGGGCAGUGAAUGACGUUACAAAUCAGAAAUCAAGCCAAAUCGACAAUACCAUUUCAAGUGCACAAGAAGGUGUACAGUUUGGAAGUGCAACAGUUGGACCCACUAGUGAUAAUCAGAGUAAUCCGGUGGGGACGUUUAGCGACGGUUUAGCUUCUGCAUUGGCAGCAAGAGCAAACAAAAUGCGGGCGGAAAGUGCUGACGAUGAUGAUAAUGACGAUGGCGAUGAUGAUGAUGACUGGUAA